ACUCCGCCAGUCAGUCAUUCAUUAACACAGGCCGGGUGAGGUUCAUAUAGAAACCAAUUAAACAAGCAAUUUGGCAGACGUCCAACAAGGAAGUGGCUUAUCAGUAUAUGCUGCAAUUGACCAACUGAGUGAGUUAGUGUUCUGAGGUCGGUCAUUCUGAUUUAGCCGACAAUUAAGUGUGCGUUAAACCAUUGUGUCCGAGUAGAGAUCAAACGAAUUGACCUGAACUUGAGUUUUACCGUAAACGAGCGAGACUGCACGGGGGUGUGAUUUAGGAGUUUACAUAAGAGUUUUGUGAAGUAAAUGUAACUGGAAAAAAUGCAUCUAUCGAACGGAACUGGACUGCUGUUUCCCACGCUGAUGUAUUUGGCGAAUUACAAGGAAAAUGAUAGCUUAGUCACGCUGAAUCCUGCCAUCAACGAGGAGUAUCGAGCAGACCCCAACAACGUGGUAUGCUACGGUGUCUACGGCUGCUUCCCCAUCACUCCACCCUGGACGGAUGAACGGCGCCCGAUCGCUCUCUAUCCGGAGAAACCGUCGAAGAUCAACGUACGCUUUCCGGUGUUCAACAAGCACACCCGAACGAUUCCGAAAUUCAUCAACCUGGACGAUCCGGACUAUCUGCACGAGGUCGGCAUUAAUCCAAAGGGUAGGAUUUACUUCAUCGUUCAUGGUUUUCUGCAGUCCGGUAAGGCGAAAUGGAUUGAACAAAUGAUCAAUCGGUUGCUGGAUCAGGAUCAGGAAGGUACCGCCAGCUGUAUUGUAAUCGACUGGGGUGGCGGUUCGAGUCCUCCGUACAAUCAGGCUAGCGCCAAUAUACGACUGGUUGGAGCGAUCGCGGCUAACGUGAUUCACAUGAUCUUUGAGGAACUAUCCCUUAAAAACCUAGAUAAAGUUCACAUGAUCGGACACUCACUGGGCUCACAUCUAUCCGGUUACACCGGGUACUAUCUACAGAAAGACUUUGGCUUAAAAUUAGGACGCAUCACUGGGAUGGAUCCGGCGGAACUAGCAUUCACCGAAACGAACCCGAUCGUUCGGCUAGACACUACGGAUGCCAAAUUCGUGGACAUCAUCCAUAGCGAUGCGACACCGUUCGUUCCGAAGAUCGGACUCGGAUUGUACGAACCGAUCGGUCACUUGGAUUUCUACCCGAACGGUGGAUUCGAUCAACCCGGCUGUGAACAGACCUUCUGGAAGCGUAAGGACGGUUCGUUCAUAUCCAGUAUGUAUCAGUUCUUUAGCUGUAGUCAUGUGCGAUCGGUGAGCUACUUUAUCGAGAGUAUUCAGACUAAAUGCCCCUUCACGGCCAUCACGUGUGAAAGUUACGACAAGUUUCUGGCUGGAGAUUGCUUCGAAUGUGAUCGCGAUGGCCACAUGUGCUUCACCUUUGGACUCAACAGUUUCGAUAGUUUCCGAAGGAUGGGACACGCCAAUCAAAUCGUAGGCAGCCGUGAUAUACAGGCCUACUUGAUGACGGGACCGGGUGAGCCUUUUUGCAGAACCCAUUAUAAGGUGCUGAUCAAGGUUUCCGACUCGGAGGAGAGUGUUUUGCACGGUGGCGAAGUCGGUCGGUUCCAUCUGAAUAUCUACGGGAGCAAGGGUGAACACUCGCAAAAAAUGGCGUUCACUAAGGAGUCAGAACUGUACGAACCGGGCAGAAACUACACUAGGGUGCUAGCCGGUGGCAGCGUAGGUAAGCCACGAAAGAUUACCGUCAGCUGGGAGUACAAUACGAGUUUCCUGAACCCGUUGACGUGGCGAAUUCUAAGCUCACCACGUGUUUACAUCGAAUACAUCAUUAUCCAGUCGCUUGAGUACCGAACCAAGAUUCUACUCUGUCCAAACUACAACAUACCAGUGACGAGCAACGUGGAUAGUUUGUUUACGCAGGAAAAGUGUCGGUUCUAUCCGAAACCCCUGGAGACUGUGCUAAUGUGAGAAGGUUCCAGAAACCCUUUACCCCAGCAAUGUGUGUCAAUCAUCGCCGUAUCAAUGCAAUUUAUUAUUUAUACUAGUCUAUACGCGAACCGCGAGGUUACUCUCUAUUAAGAAAAUAAAACAACACUAGAAUAUUGAA